UCUAUAUAGCUCUACCCAGAAAGAUCCCUUAAAAUAUUAAUUGCUCCAAAAUUGUGAGCUUUAUAAAAUUAAUCGUAAUUGAAAUCAAUCCAGCAAAUAAUUGUUAACAUUCGAGAGAAUAAUGAAGUUGAUACGGGGGCAUCCAUUAAGGCGUGUUAAAGUUGGUUCACCAGCUUUCUAACACACAUCCAUCGCUAUCAAAGGAAGAUUUGAUCGGACGAGGAAGCUGAGAAGAUACCAAAAAACGACAACAGAUUCAUUCAAACUUGCACGCCAACGCCGGAUUAUUCCCGGUGUAUACGUAUUUUAUACGGGUCUAUUUACUCCAUUAACGAAGAAGAAGAGGAAAUUUGAAGGAAAGAGUUUUGGUUAAGUGUUGUUAAAUGGAGGGUGUUUUCUUAAAAAUGUCGGUGCAAGGAGUUGUAUCUCCGAUGAUUCCGGUGGGGCCUUCUUCUUUCAUACGCGCCAUCGGAGGCUCUGUUGAGGAGAAAUCAACGGCUGGUUCUCUGCCGCGUUGGGUUUCACGUCGACGUCCUCGUCCGCUUGAGUUUCUUCGGAUCGGUGGUAAGAGAGAUGAGAAGGGACCGGUAAGAGACGACGCCGCCGUUUUGUUGGAGAGAGAGGAGCGGGUCGGAAACGAUAACGGAAACUGGGUUUUGAAAAUUUUGGAAGUUGGAUCAAUCUGGAAAGGGAAGAGACAACGAUCAGGUGGCGGUGGAGAAGAGGACGACGAAGAGCAAGUUACUGAAUCGAAGAAUGACAAGGAAGAUUUAUGUGAGGAAUGCGAUUUCUGCAGGGUCGAUGAUGAUGAUGAUGAAGAAGAAAAGGAGGAGACUGUGUUUGGUAGAGAAGAGUUCUCUGAGAUGUUAAGCAAAGUUCCUGUUGAAGAUGCUCAGAUCUUUGCCAAAUUGUCGUUUUUGGGGAAUUUGGCUUAUUCAAUCCCUAAAAUCAAGCCUGAUAAUCUGUUGAAAUAUCAGAAACUGAGAUUCGUUACUUCCUCAAUUGAGAAGAGAACGAGUCUUAAGGUUGAAGAGAACAACAAUGGCGAGGAAGAGGAGGAGAAGAAGAAGCUUAUUAACCCAGCUGUUGCUUACAGAAUCGCUGCUUCUGCUGCUUCUCGUCUCUUUUCCCAUUCUAAGUCUGUGCUUCCUUUUGGAUCAUCUAAACGUCAAGACAACGAAGAAGCUUCUCUAUUGGCAACUGCUGAUUCAGUUACGGCAGUCGUGGCAGCCAAAGAGGAAGUUAAACAGGCGGUCGCCGAUGAUCUCAAAUCAAACCGUUCACCGCCUUGUGAGUGGUUUGUCUGUGAUGAUGAUAAAAGUGGCACCAGGUUCUUCUUUAUUCAGGGAUCAGAUUCACUGGCCUCAUGGCAAGCUAACCUUCUGUUCGAGCCUGUUCCAUUUGAGGACCUUGAUGUGCUUGUUCACAGAGGCAUAUACGAAGCAGCAAAAGGACUAUACGAACAGAUGUUACCGGAAGUUCAUGCCCACCUCAAUUCCCGUGGCAGGCACCGUGCUUUUCUCAGGUUUAGCGGACAUUCUCUAGGCGGAAGCCUGUCACUGUUAGUGAACCUCAUGCUUCUGAUCCGAGGUCAAGUCCCGGCUUCUUCUCUGCUCCCGGUGAUCACUUUUGGUUCACCAUGCAUCAUGUGCGGAGGUGAUAGGCUUCUUCAGAAACUUGGUUUGCCUAAGAGUCAUCUUCUCGGAAUCUCAAUGCAUAGAGAUAUUGUUCCCCGAGCAUUCUCCUGCAAUUACCCUAACCGAGCCGCAAAUAUUCUCAAGGCAUUGAAUGGAAACUUCAGGAACCAUCCUUGUCUGAAUAACCAGAAUGUAUUGUAUUCUCCAAUGGGGAAGCUUCUAAUUCUGCAACCAUCCGAGAGAUUCUCUCCCCCACAUCCUCUGCUUCCUCCCGGAAGUGGUAUCUAUCUCUUAACAUCUAAGAAUACGGAUGAAACAGAGAAAAGUUUAAGGGCUGCAAAGAGUGUCUUCUUUAACUCACCACACCCCCUAGAGAUUCUCAGUGAUCGUCGUUCUUACGGGUCAGAAGGAAAAAUCAAAAGAAACCAUGACAUGAGCUCUUACCUGAAGGCCUUGAGGCAUGUGAUUCGGAAGGAACUGAAGCAGAUAAAGGCUGAGCGGGAUCAAUGGCGGCGCAAGUUCUUUAUUAUAAACAUUUUAUUUACUGGGAGAGAUUCUUUGAAACUCAUAACAAGAUUUGUGGCAUCAAGGAGUAGUCAACUAGUGAUCAUCUUCUUUCUCCCAAUUAGAUUGUUAAUUAUGAAUGUCUAUGGUGUGGUCUUUCACCAUUCACAAGCACAUUUUAGUUUCUUCAAGUGAAGCGUAGGCCUAUUCUGUAAUAGAAUCUAUCACACACAUCAAUAAUUUUCAGAAAAGACAGCAACUA